CUUCUUUUGAGUGUGUGCGUUUUUCGCGGUCGUGACCCUUCUGGGUUUCAAUAAAAGAGGGUCGGACCCCCUCAGGCCCGCCGUCUCGAUAGUGAGAGAGAGGGCGCGCGCAAACCCCCACUCCUCGAUAGAUUGACGCCUGCUCUCUGUUAGCCGGGCGAACGCAAAGGAACGAACAAACGCGAUGAGGCAGCCCGCGUCGAUUGGAUCGCUGCCCGCCGAGGCGCUGCUCGACGUCUUCAGCCACCUCGACGGCCUGUCGCUGCAGCGGGCGGCUUCAACAUGCAGAGGUUUGCGGCGCUGGGCGACGCACGAUGCCCUCUGGCGCAGACUGACGGAGCACCACCUCGCAGCGAGCCCGCCAGCAAAGUCGCACAACGUGAGCGCCAUCGUCGACGCGCCGCUGCCCUGGGACGCCGCGUUUGGCCUCGUCAGCUCAGACCUGAGCCCGGCGACGCGGGACCACUGGCCCGUCACGAUGGCCGAUGUCGAUGCCGAGGCCGAGUACGGGCCCGAGUUUGAGCCAGGGCCUAGCGCUGGCACAGCUGCCCGCUUCGAGGGCGCACGGGGCUACCACGAGGUGUGGCUCCGCUUCGUGCGGCCCAUGGACCGGCUCCUGGGCUGGUGGGCCUCGGAUGCGCCCUCGUGGGGCAUGGUCAUUCGCAUCGUCUUUGACCCCUGCCUGCCCCUGUCCGACGAAGAGGGUGGUGAUGGCGACGGUGAUGACAAAAGCAGAAGAACGACGCCAGCGUUUGUGUGCGAAAGAGUGCAGGCAGUGAACCGGCUGCAUGGCAUGGGCAAGCGUGGGCGUGGGCGGGACCGGGGGCGGGGGCGAGGAGGACACCCAUCGACGACGACGACGAGCUCCAGUGUCAAUGGCAAUAGCACCGACACCAGCACCGAGGACGCGCGCGACGCAGGCUGGGCCGCCGUCAACUCGUUUCCCUUUGUCGAGCGCACCCGGCCCGCCGAGGACAUCCACGAGUGGUUCCACUCGGUCGAGAUCAGCUCCCAGGGCACCACCCUCGAGGGCCAGAUCAGCGUCGACGUCGCCUUUGUCGGCGUCAAGACGGAGCGCCUGUGGGCGGCGCGGUGGUGCGACGUGCAGGCUGCGGGUGCACAGACACGGUCCAGCGAUGUCGUCCGGCGCGACUGGAAGGGUGGUGGCGGUGGUGGGAAAAAGACUGGUUACAAGGCGCAGGGCGACGGCGGUGCGACGACGGUCGCCCAACGCGCCUCGCGCCUCGCCAGAGAGAUGGUCUUUGGCUCCUCGGUCCGCAACGACGACGACUACGACGACGACGUCGUCCCCAUCGACGAGGGCGAGGAGCAGCACGACGACGGGUUUGAGAACGAGGCCGAGGAGGAAGAAGAACUCGAACAACACGGCGAAGAGGUCGUCAACGUCGGCGUGCUGCGCCCACGCACACGCGGCGGAGACGCACCCAUGUCGCAGCAGCACGGCCAGGUCCGACACGUCGUCUACCCCUCGUCGGGCGCUAUCCUCACGUGCCCUUCCUCCUCGCCGUCGUCAUCAUUCUCCAAGAACAAGCGAGUGGAGCUGCGCAUACACCGCCGUCGGCCCUACCGCGAGGCCAAUCACCACCGACCUGGCGGGCCGCGCGCACUCGUCAUGCCUCAGCACCCCUCCGACUUUCCCCCGCCAGCGCUGCUGCCCGCCUUGCGGGAUCUGGAGCGAGGAAACGAGACUGCUGCUGCCGCGGCGCGCAGGCCGCCGCACGAGCGCUUCCUCGUCGACGGACCCGAUGUCGAGGUCGAUGCGCUAGUCAUGUCGCCUGCGCCGCCCUACCGACCGUGGCCCCACCUGGCCCACCCGCUGCUCCAUGGGCCCCUCUUCUACCCGAUUGCCAAUCCGCCGCGCCGGCCCAUCCGCCCGCUCUCGAGGAGGAUCGCACCUUCGGCCGGGACUGCCACGUCGAUGGACGGUGGCAGAGGCCAGCAUCGAGGCCAAGGCCAAGGCCAAGGCGAGCGCGAGCGGUACAUGCACGUCGCACCACCUCGCCGGUUGGAUCCGGCCUGCGACGAGUUUGACUGGGACAGCCUCGAGGGCCUCUUUGCCAUGUCGUACGGGCCGUGGGGUCUCGAGACCAUCUACCUCCGCUCGCGCCUCCUCACACCCGACGACUUUGAAGAGCCGGCAGCGGACGACGAACUCGACAAUUCAUUCCUGCAGACGAAGAAGCAGAACACCAACAACAGCAGCUAUAGCAAGAACCCGACGCGCGACGACGACAAUCGCAACGGAGGUAGCUUCUGGGACUUUGAGCCGCGCCUGCGGCCACCCGAGCUGCGGCGGCUGCUGGGCCAGAAUGCGGCGCGGGCCAUUGCGCGGCGCGACCCGCCGACUCGGGUCAUUGAGGGCAUCAAGGUCACGGGCGACGCCAAUGUGCCCAGGGGCACCGUCAGCUUCCGCGCCUUUGUCCUGGGCCCGCACGGCGACUUUGGCUUUGGCGAUGGACGCGGCGAUGUCCACUCCGAGUGGCGCGCACCCCUGGGCGACGGCUUUCGCACCUGGACGCCCUGGCCGCUCGCCGGGCCCAGCGAACGGCAAGGCUCGUACCAGCACAGUCAGCACCAGCAGCACCUGGGCGGCGUUCGCGGCGCCAUUGCACCUGGCAGGCUCCUCCGUGCCGUCGGCCGCCUCGCCCGCGAGGGCUUCGCAGACGCCAGCUGGACCACAGCCAUGGUCAAGAUCAACAGCCCCGACGAGGUGCAAAUCUGCUGGAACAGCCUGGCCAAGGUCUCGAUUGCCAAGCGCCUUACGGCCUGUUAGGCUCCGCCUCUUUUGUUUGGUAGUAUUCUCUUCUCUCUGCUGCUGUACUGCUUGCUGCCUCGUCGCUCUGCUUAAGAUCACAAUCUGUAUAACUUGCGCAUAUACACAAUUUAC